GAACAGCAAGACUGAGUACAUGGCACACCUAUAAUUAGCUCCAAGAGAGGCAAUAUAAUAACAUAGCUCUCAUUAGCCUUCAGCCAACCUUAAGCGUUGGUUGGUUUCCUCAUGCCCAAGAGCAAAUCCUGUAGUAGUACAGUUUUUUCACAACACAGAGAGAGAGAGAUAGAGGGGGAGAUCAGAGGGAGCUUGAGAUAUGGCAGGAGGAGGGUUUACAGAUGCAGGCACCCUUAAAAGGGCCCAUCUGUAUGAGUACAAGAUUACUGGGUAUUUCGUCGUUGCAUGUAUUGUUGCAGCUAUGGGAGGGUCUCUCUUUGGGUAUGAUCUUGGCGUUUCAGGUGGAGUGACUUCCAUGGAUGAUUUCCUAAAGGAAUUCUUCCCGAAAGUAUAUAGAAGGAAGCAAAUGCAUCUGAAUGAAACCGACUACUGUAAAUACGACAACCAAGUACUCACACUCUUUACGUCUUCUCUGUACAUUGCGGGCCUAUUCUCCACGUUUGGAGCUUCCUACGUAACCAGAAAAUGGGGCAGAAGAGGCAGCAUCAUGGUUGGAGCAGUCAGCUUCUUUCUGGGAGCAGUUCUCAAUGCAGCUGCAGUCAACAUUGCAAUGUUAAUCAUUGGCCGCAUCCUCCUUGGUAUUGGCAUUGGAUUCGGAAAUCAAGCGGUUCCAUUGUAUCUUUCAGAGAUGGCUCCGGCAAAGAUCCGAGGAGCGGUGAACCAACUGUUUCAAUUGACUACAUGCUUAGGGAUUCUGAUAGCAAACUUCAUAAACUAUGGUACUGAAAAAAUCCAUCCAUGGGGGUGGAGAUUAUCUCUUGGUUUGGCUACAGUUCCGGCGACUCUAAUGUUUGUUGGAGGUGUUUUCCUUCCUGAGACCCCCAACAGUCUUGUAGAGCAAGGCAAGCUAGAAGAAGGAAGAAGGGUGUUGGAGAAAGUGAGAGGUACCUCAAACGUUGAUGCUGAGUUUGCUGAUCUUAUAGAUGCAAGCAAUGCAGCAAGAUCCGUAAAGAACCCAUUCAGGAAUCUGUUUGAACGGAAGAAUCGUCCCCAGUUGAUAAUAGGGGCAUUGGGGAUCCCGGCGUUCCAACAGCUAACCGGCAUGAACUCCAUACUCUUCUAUGCUCCUGUCAUAUUCCAAAGCUUGGGUUUUGGCUCAGGAGCAUCUCUAUAUUCAUCCAUUUUCACCAGUGGAGCGCUUGUUAUUGGUGCACUCAUGUCAAUGUCAUUGGUGGAUAAGUUUGGUAGAAGAGCUUUCUUUUUAGAAGCUGGUACCGAAAUGAUAUUUUGCAUGGUGGCUGUGGCCGUAACUCUGGCACUGAAGUUUGGGCAAGGAGAAACCCUCUCAAAAGGAAUUGGCAUCUUUCUUGUUAUUGUGAUCUGCUUAUUUGUCUUGGCUUAUGGAAGAUCUUGGGGCCCUCUGGGUUGGCUAGUACCCAGCGAGAUCUUCCCAUUAGAGACGAGGUCGGCUGGUCAGAGUGUUGUGGUCUGUGUCAACCUCCUCUUCACAGCAUUGAUAGCACAGUGUUUCCUUGCGUCGCUGUGUCAUCUGAAAUAUGGAAUUUUCUUGGUAUUUGGAGGAUUAAUUAUCAUCAUGAGUAGUUUCAUCUUCUUCCUACUGCCAGAAACAAAGCAAGUUCCAAUCGAGGAGGUGUAUCUUCUCUGGCAAACUCACUGGUUCUGGAAGAACAUUGUAGGAGAAGGGGAGCAAGCUGGUGACUCGGAUGGGAGAUCAACAUUGCAUGUUUAGAAUCUCCCCCGGAAAAAUCUCCCAAUUAAAUUAUGACAAAUUGUUUCAUGCAUGCAUGCAUGUUGUACAGUUUGAACAUAAUAAGGCUUUUUUCUUUUUCUUUUUCAUUUGGAUUGAGCAACAAAGUAUUGUGUAAGACAAAAAUAAUUUACAUUGCAUUAUGCUAAUAGUUUAGCAAGUUCAUCCA